CUUUCGGACAAGAAUAUACAGCAUCGAGGGAUCUUCUCGGCGUAUUAUCGAUUUGCCUCUCUUCCAGUGUCAAGAUGCCAGUGGACAGAAUGAGAAUGUGCCCCUGGUUGGAGCAGCAGAUAAGGAGUGGGCAGAUUCAGGGUCUUCAUUGGGUUAAUGAGGAGAAAAAGAUAUUUCAAAUACCAUGGAUGCAUGCAGCCAGACAUGGAUGGGAUUUGGAAAAGGAUGCGCCUUUAUUUAAGAACUGGGCCAUUCACACAGGAAAAUACCGUCCAGGUAUUGACAAACCAGACCCUAAAACAUGGAAGGCAAACUUUCGGUGUGCUAUGAAUUCUCUACCAGACAUUGAGGAGGUGAAGGACAAAAGCAUGAAGAAAGGAAACAAUGCCUUCAGAAUGUACAGGAUGCUUUCUGCAUCUGAAAAAGCUGUAAAGAAAGGGAAGAAAAAGAUGGAUCUAGAGCAAAGAGCAAAACAAGAUUUUCAGAAACGGAAAGCAGGCAUUCCCAGAAAACUCAAAAUGAAGAACAAAGAAGUAAAUGAAGAAACUAUGCCAGACAGCACUGUAUUAUUUGCUGAGCAGGAGAACUUCCCUAAAUCCAUGUUACCUGAGAGAGAGGAGGCUGUAGGUGAACUACCUGAAGUGUGUGCAGUUGUUGAGGUGGCAACAGAUACAGAUGAGCCUGCUGUUAGCUCCUCUAAAGUGUCUUGCCCCAUCCAGGUCUCCCAUGUUUCAUCGCACAGUGAGAGCGACUCAGAGAGCACAUACAGUGAGGAAGACUUGGUACAGCUUCCACAGGACUUGUCCUUAAAUGCUUCAGAGAGGUCAUCAAGCGGAUCUGUGUUACGGAUCCCAACUUCAGCUCAAUCCUCCUUUUUCACAUCAGAGAAAACUAAUUUCAGAGUGACCAGCUGCAGAGAAGACUCACCCCUAAUAGACUAUAACACAGCUCCAUGGUUUCCCUUCUUGAUUGGUUUCCAAAAUCUCACCGAUGUGCGACUCUCAAGCCCUACCCCCACACCAGAGCUCACCAGCAGCCAAACUUCUCAGGCAAGAGCGAUAGCAAAAGUUAUGGACCUCUCCGUUACAUCACGAAAAGCUUUAUAAUAUAGACUUGAAAUUCACAGUCUGCUGCUAUUCAGCUGAUAAGUUACCCUACCCUAAAAGUUUAAAGGGAUAGUUAACUUAAAAGUCAUCAUUUACUAACUUGUGUUGUUCCAAACCCAUAUGAUUUUUUUCUUCUUCCAUGAAACACAAAAUGAGAUGUUAGACAGAAUGUUUAGGGUCUGACAGCCUCCGUCACCAAAUAAAGCAGAAUCAACAUUCUUUAAAAUUUCUUAAUUGUUCCAUGAAAUUCAUACGGUCUUGGAAUGACAUGAGGAUGACUAAAUGACAACAGAAUUGUCAUUUUUGGGCAAACUAACCCUUUAACAUUUAAACAGGUGUUAGAUUUGCCUCUUAGUCUCCUGUGUUUGUGUGAGAGUUAAGAGAGUAAAUCUGAAAUUUUUAUAUUGCAGAACACUACCUCAUAUGAUUGGUAACUUGAACUACCUCACAGAUUGAAUGUGAUCUGUGCAACUUUGAUUACAUAACUUCAUAUCGCUGUAUGCUAUUGAUAAUGUCUCAUGCCCUUUCGGAAGAGUGACAGAGUAUAUGUUAAGUGUAAAAUGACGAAUACGUUUAAUAUGCAUUGACAUGAUGUGCCUGACAGCAGAUGAAACAGCACAAUCACAAAAAUGGGAUUAAAAAGUACAGUUUUUUUUAAGGAAGAUAUGCAAUAAUGUUUUUCUACAGGCUUUAGCACAGUAUUGACAAAGUUUUUGAUGCUGAAAUUUUACACUAUAUAUACUUGUCAGUACUUCUCAAAAUGCAUUUAUUUCCAUCUUAGUUAAGAAAACAAAACAAUAUGUAGCAAUAUAAUGCUUUAUUAAGAUUUUCCAAACCAAGCCUUCCACAAUAUAAAGACAAUGCACUAAAAUAGCACCAAUACAAGUAACAUAACACAUUUCCCAAAGACUAAGUUGGAGUUCAACUAAUUGAAAAAACUAGUCCCCACAUAGGUUACAUAUUCAUUGCAAUGGGCAUUAAAUCUCUUAAACUCUCUUACUCCACAAUAUGAAUUUGCCGGUAAACUGUGGCUAUCCGCUUUGUUACAGCAAUCGUGAAGCUGCGUUCAUGACAUGCAUUGGAUGCAUGCAUUGAACUCACCAUGAAAAGCGCUUACAAACACAAAUGUCUCAUUCUGCGUUUUGGUGAUAGUUAAGAUUUGGUGUGCUUAUGUGGUAAUUAAAAUGUGCCUUAGAUAGGCUGAAAAAUUAUUGAUUUCUUGAUGUCCAAUUCGGGCUUGUUUUGUACAUCAAAAUAGUUUUAAGAGCUCCUUUCUUCUUCAUUUUAUAACUGACAGUGAAGCGUUGAAGAGAUCCUUUUAUUUACUGAGAUAACCUCCACGGCUCUAUCAUAGGAGAGAGCGUAAAGGUCAACUAGCGUUAAGACAGUUUCGCCCAUAAAAUGUCUAUGGGUCUGUAUCAUUAUGCUGUUUUAUGCUAAGCUUUAGGCUACCUUGGGUAGAAGGGCUCUGGCACUGUGGCGUGUGCGUCAGUGUAAUGACUCUGGGCGGACACAUUACAAAGGUUCCGACCUUCACACAAGUGUUUAUGCUGUAUUAACGGUAAAUGCAUUAAUCGCGAUUAAGAAAAAUUAACGUGUUAACGUAUGCGAUUAAUUAAAGUUUAAGGCAUUAAUUCUGACAGCUCUAUUAUUUUCAUAUGAUAUAGAGCUGUUCAGUAAUGACGUCAAUUUGUAGGCCAAACCGGAAGGCUAUUUCACCCUCUUGUAGUGGGUUUUUAGAAUAUACAUUUUCAUUUUAUUUGUGAAAGAAGGUCUCUGAUUAACAUUACUUGGAAGAGACUUUCACAUUUUGUUUUACAUUAAGUACGCAGUAUGCCUAUGUGUAGAACAAAACAUGAAAAUCUAUUCAGGUAAUAUUAACCACAGACCUUACUUAUAAAUCGAAAACCACUAUUAUAAAAAUGCAUUGAGGGAACCCGUAGCUCGAAAUUGCAAAUUCUCUUCCAUGUUUAUGGACUACAAACAAAACAGCUCUAUUGUCACAUCUGUAUGGAAUUACUUUUCGUUAUGAGUGUUUUUAUGAAUUAGAUUAAUUUUUAUUUUUAUACACUAAUAGAAUUGUUGGAUCUUGACACACAGAGCCUGUUUACAUGCACACCAAUAACUCCUAAAAAUCAGCUUACUUAAAAAUUCUAACAAAUCAAGGAAGCCUCGUUUACACAAGAUUUGAAAUAAUAGAGUUAUUCUCUGCUUUUGACGUCAUGCUGUGAAGAGGCAUGCAUGCAACACUUGCGGACGUUGGAUAGGCUAGUAAGAACCCCAGUAAAGAUGUUUACAUUCAACACGAAAUCGGGGUAAUGGUCAAAUAUCUACGAUUCCAGUCAAUCUGUUUAUUUUAGGCCAUUUACAAUCUUACACUGAUAAGCUGUUUAAUGCAUUCACAUGACUACACAUGUUGUCCGCUUAUUAAGGAUAACUGGUGCAAGAAUGUGCAUGUAUACGCACUCAUAGUGAUAUUUUUACUGCUACUUUGGGAACAGUUCUCCAAUAUCAAUGGUACUGGAAAUACUUUAAUAGAAAUGCUCAACUAAUUACAA